AUGAAAAAAAAAAAAGUAGUAAAAUUGAAGGAUGAAUAUGUGCCCAAAGGGAAUUAUAUAAGCAAGGAUGCCCUUUUAACUAACAUAUUUUUAGAGACGAAUGAAAAUGAAAUUACAAAAAUAGAAUCUCAAAAUUCUCACAUAGUAACUAAUUGUAUUAGCAAACUUCAAAAAAAAAAUAUCCAAACUAAAUUGAAAGGUUUAAAUGAUUUGCUUAGUCAUCUAAAUAAAUGUAACGAAGAUGAACUUAACAAUGUAUUUCCAAGUUUUGUAAAUAUUUAUAAAAAAUUAAUAUUUCACCCAAAUUGCAAUAUCAGGGAAAGCUUAAAUGUAUGCCUCCAGCUAUUUAUCAACAGAAUCAACAAGAAAAUAAAAAGACAUUUGCAAACGUUUUUUCCUCCUUUGUUUGUUUCAACUUUCGACUACAACAAGAAUGUUAACUGUAUAUCAAAGGAAAUCCUCACUUUAAUGUUUCCAAAGAAUGUAGAAGUAAAGAAUGACGAAGUAAAGAAUGACGAAGUGAAGAAUGACGAAGUGAAGAAUGACGAAGUAAAGAAUGACGGCGAAAAGAAUGCAAAUAAAAUACGAAUGCAAGAAGAAAAUAAAUUAUAUAAAAAUAUAAAAUCUUUAAAUGUGAAUAUUACAAAUUUAUAUAAUUGUCUAAAAUAUAUAAAAGAAGAUAUAGAAGAAACAGUAACAUCUAAUUUAAAUAGUACAGCACAUAACGAAGAUUAUGAUAGUACUGUUUAUUUAUUUAACGUUUUAUCUUUUUUUCCAUCUUUUAUUUAUAUACUUGUGAAGAGUAUUAAAAAUGACAGCGAAACUGAGAAAAAAAAUAAUAGCGUAUUAAAAGAUAAAAUAAAAAAUGAGUUUUCAUGUUUUAAUAAUAUGUUUCAAAUAUUUUUUAGACAUUUAAAUAGUAUAUAUAAAAAUAGUAAUCAAAAUUUAAAAUUAAGAAAAAUAAUAUAUUUAUCAAUAUAUAAUAUAAUAUAUAUAUUAAAAAAAAAAAAAAUAAAUUAUUUUGAUAUAAAUUAUGAAUCAAAUACAACUAUUUAUAAUUACAUAUGUUGUAUAUUAAGUGAUAAAGAAGAAUAUAUUUUUAAAAAUAUUAAUCAUAUAUUAUUAAUGUAUUUUUAUUCUGAUAAUAUUAAAUUAAUAAAUACAAAUUUCUUGAGAAGUUAUUUAUCAUUAGUUAAACAAAAUAGAGUCUAUCAAAAUGAUAUAUUUAAUUUUAACAUUCCUUUAUUUAUUUAUAUAUUUCAAAAAGAAUAUAUCCAACAAAAUUUUUUUUUCUUUUUUUUUAUUUUUUAUUUUUUAUUACUAAAUAAAAAAAAAUCAUCAUUGAUAAUAUAUUAUGACAUCCUCCUAUACUUAUGCGAUUUGUUCAGCCCAUUUUCGCAAGCAGAUUCGAAAGCAGAUUCGAAAACAUUGCCAAAUGCAAAUGACAAAACUACGGGCCAGAGUUCGGACCAUGGCCAGUGCAAAGCUACAAACAGAGAGUUAGAAGCAUGUGAAUGCUGUAAUGUAUUAAGAAGAAAUAUAUUUAUUUUACCAAUAGAAAUAGUUUUAAUACAAAAAGGAUUUUCAAAUUAUAGUUACUGUUUUAAAAACAUGUAUAUAUAUGAUAUGCUUGAAAAUAGUUACUAUUGUUAUGAUGUAAAAAAUUUAAAGAAAACAGAAAAAAACAAAAAUAAUGAUAAUAAAAAAAAAAAAAAACUAAAAGAUUUAAGAAAUAAUAUAGAAAAAGAAAUUAUAGACGAAAAUUAUUUUAUAGAUACAUUUACACAUUUUAUAAGAUCCUUUGAAAAUUUAUCCAAUUCAUUAUUACUUGAUGUUAUUGAUAUGUUAGAUUUUUAUAUUUCUAAAUUGUGCGAAAUAAAAAAUAGUGAAUUAGAAAAGUCUAGUGGUAAUGAACAAUAUGGUUAUAUAUAUAAUGAUGGUAUUAGUUUUAUUUUUAAAUUACUUUUAAAAUUAAAAGAUUUAAUAUUUCCAAAAGAUAAUAAACAUAUUGAUAUAAACAAAUUGAACAAUACUCAAGAGCGUUUAAUAAAUACAUUUAAGAAUCUGUUUGAUUCUAUUUUCAAAUUGAUUGAAUUAAAAAAUUAUAAAAUAAUUCCAAAUUUAGAAAAUAAUUUUUUUAUUCUACAAUUUAUUUGUAAUUAUGUUGAUGACAAAAAUGAAUAUUUUACAAAUUUAAUAAAAAUAUUAACAAAUUUUGAAAAUAUAAUUUGUUCAGAAAAUAUUGAAAAAAAUACAUAUUUUUCUCUUAUUCGCGUUUGUUUAAAUUUUAUAUAUUUAUGUUUUGAAGAAGGCAUUAAAGAUCAUCAUAUAUUAGCAUCUGAUUUUAUAAAGAUGCUGGUAGACACCCCUUCGAAUAAGGAUGAUGUAGAAAUGAAACUAAAAGUGUGUAUCGAGUUAAUAAGUUUUCUGAAAAAUAAGAAUAAAAAAUUUAUUAAUAUUGAAAAAACAGUCUUAUCGAUAUAUAUAGAAUAUAUUUCUAUUUCACAAAAUUUGGAAGAUAAUAAAAAUAGUGAUGAUAAUAUAAUUAACUCUUUUUAUACAGCAUUAUAUAAUAUUGACGUUUCAAAAAAUAAAAUUUUAUUUGGAAAUAUAUUUUAUAAUAAUAUAUUAUAUAUAUAUAAAAAUAGAAUUAUGAAAAAUAAUAUAUUUUGUGAAGAUAAUUUUAUUGAUUUUUUUUUUCAAAUUUUUGAGAAAAAAAAAUUUAAUGUUUUUAAAUAUGGAAUAAACAAUUUCGGACUUAUAGAAAAUGAACCUGAUUAUAAUAAAUUAAAUAAUUUAUAUUUAUAUUUCCUUUUAAAUAUUUAUUUAAAAAUUAAUAAAAAAAAUAUUGAAACAUAUUGUAUAAAUUUAUUUUCACAUUUUAAAAAAGAAACAAUUUAUUCUUGUCUAAUUGUUAUGAAAAAUAUUUUUAAAUUUUUAACAGAUUCUGAAUAUAAUAAUAUAGUUAACUUUUCUAAUAGUGAAAUAAAUGAUUCUGAAAUAAAUAGUGACAAAUCAUAUGAACGUUCAGAUUUAUCAAAUAUCUCCGAUCAUACUUCAUACAACUCUAACACUAUUUUAAAUCACAAAACAAUAACUAUCGAUUCUCAAACUUGCCACAUAACUGUUUGCAUAGCCAGUGGGAUGGCCACUUGUGAGUCUGAAAAUAUUUCCAACUUUGCCAACGUUGAUAAAUUUGAAAAUAUUUCCAAAAUUGACAAAAUUGACAAAAUUGACAAAAUUGACAACUUUGGGCAGCUUGGGGAAGAUGAGGAUAUGCGGAUGCGGCUGGAAAUGCAAAGAAGCGAUGUCUUAAGCAAUAUAUAUAUAAAUAGAUUCAUAGAAUUGUAUAAACUGUAUAAUAAUAUAGAAUCUUUAACUAUAUGUGAUAUAAAAAAUAUUACUUAUUUAUUGUAUAAUGAAGAAAUAAGAAAAUGUUUGAAUUAUUCAAAUGUAGAAAUUGUAGAAAAUAUGACAAAUUUAGACACAUUUUAUUAUUUUAUUUAUCAAAAUAUCGAAGAUGAAGAAUUUGUUUUUUUCUUAUUAUCUUUAAAAGAAGAGUUAGAAAAGUAUCAAAUAAAUAAAUGCAGUAAAUUUGAGUCCUUUUUUAUAAUAUAUUAUUAUUACUUUAAAAAAAAAGGGAAACAAACAUAUAUUAAAAAUGUAAACACUCAAGAUAUAACCGUUUCAGAUAUUAUUUAUAUUAUAAAAAUUGUUAAGAAUUAUCAAAUUUUAAAUAUAUGUAAAUUUUUAUUGAAAAGAAUUAAAAGAAAGACAGAAGAUGUAAUAGAUAAAACAGGUGAUACAUUUUUAGAAACUAUUUCAAACGAAUUAGUAAAUUUAAAGGCAAAUAAUUUAUACCAAUUAAAAAUAAAAUUAUUUUUAUUUAAAAAUUGUGUAGUAAAUUAUAUAAAGGAAUACAACUAUUGUGUAGAAUCAAAAGAAGCCACCACAAAUCGAGACAAAAAAAACGAUGCAGAAUUGUAUGAUGACAAAAACGAUGCAGAAUUGUAUGACAAAAAAAACGAUGCAGAAUUGUAUGAUGACAAAAUAAAUAAAAUAAAAAUUUUUUUUCCAGAAAAAUUGCAUGCUUAUAUAGAUAAAAAUUUGAAUUUAAAACUAUGCGAAAAAAAUGAAAUAGGAACUUUAAAUUUGUUAUACCAUUUAAUAUGUAUUACUAAACAUGUUAAUAAUUCUAGCUUAAUUAAUUUUCAACUUAUUAAAAAUUUGACUAAAAAUAUAAAAUAUUUAUCUAUUAAAAAUUAUGACAUAUUUUUCUAUGCUCUAUAUUUAAUUAGUAGUAAAGACGAAGAAAUAGAUAUGAACUAUUCAGAGAUCAAAAACUCAAAAUUAGAAAAAUUAUAUAAAAAUGGUCAGGAAGUUGACGAAACAAACGAAGCGAUGAUAAAAGGGUGCCUAAAUAAUUAUCUCUCCUUUUUAAAUGGGCAUUACAGAAAAAUAUGGAACAAUCAAAUUAAUUUUUAUAAAAAAAAAAUAAAAAAUUUAGACAGCGUGUUAGGAAAUAAACUAAAAGAAGAUGAUAACAAAUUUAAGAAAAAUAAAUCAGGAAAAAUUAAAAAAAUAAAAGUAAAUAAUAAUAGUUCAAUAAAAUUGAUAGAUACAAUUUUUGGUCAAAAUAAAAUAGGAUUAUAUUUUCUAAAAUUUGUAAUAUUAUUAAUUAUGAAAAAAGAAAAAUAUCAAAUAAUUCAAGAUGAAACUAUUAUAAAAAAUAUAAUAAAACUUGUUUAUUUUAUUUUGUCUAUAAAUCAAUGUCGAAAUUUAUUUAUUCAUAAAAAAAUAAAAUUGAUAAGUAUACACAUUUUAAAACUCUUAUUUAAAAAUUAUUCACAAUAUUUAAAUGGAACUAAAAAAAUUUAUUUCCUAUCUGUAGAUUUAGGAAUAAAUAAUUAUAAACACAUUUUUAAUGAGUCUUUAUUAUUUUUUGAUAAAAUAAUUGAAAAUGAUAUAACCAGUCAAAUGCUACAAACAAUUAAAGGAAAAAUAUUUGAUCUAUAUAUUAAUACAUUUUAUUUAUAUAUAUUAGUAUUAAAUAUAGAUAAAUAUAAAAAAAAUAAAAUAUUUAUUAACAGAAUUAUGAGUAUAAUAUUAUUAAAUAUUGUGUUGGUAAAAGAGUUCGAUAAAAUUAAAAAAAAUAAUCCAAAAAAAUUUGAAAUUUUAAAUGCAUAUUUAUGUAUAGACAGAAAUUGUCAAAAUGAAUUUUUGUAUUCUUUUUUCGACUCUAAUGUGGAACAAUAUGAGCAAUUAAUAAUAAAAAAAAUGAGUCAUGAAAGUGGAAGCGAAAGUGGAAGCAAAAGUGGAAGCGAAAGUGGAAGAAGCGCUAAUUGGGAAGAACAGGUCAUAUCUGGAACACAAUUAUAUAUCCAUAAAACUGAAGAUGAUUUUUUUAGCGAAAAUAAUUAUGUAAAUAGUGCGAAAAUUGUUAACUCCCUAAAGCAAAAGCAAAAUGAAAAGAAAAAUGAAAAGAAAAAGCAAAAUGAAAUAUCUAUAACACAAUCUUCAAACGAACCCAAUGUCAGCCAAAAUUGCAGCCGCAACCAAAAUUGUCGCUCCGUGGGAGACGUCGAAAAAAGAGAGCCCGAGCAAGGUUUGGAAGGUUUGGAAAGUUUGGAAAGUUUGAAAAAUUGUCAGAAUUUUCAGCAUUGGCAGCAUUGCCAAAAUUUUCAACAUUGGCAACAUUGCGAGAGUGGGCCGGGCGGCUUUGGGAAAAAAGGGAAAAAGGCAAACCCACUAUUUUUAUUAAAAAGCGGAAUUGUAAACCCCUUUUUAAUGAUAGAUAUAGAUAAGAGCACCCUAGAUUUAUAUACAUUUUUAUUAAAAAGAAAUUAUUUAAAUAUAUUAUUAUUUUUGAUAAAUAUAUGUCUAUCAUCCGAAUAUUUUAUAUAUGAUUUUGAAUUAUAUAAAAAUUUUUUGAUAUAUUUAGAAGAACAUGAUAUUGGCAUUUACAAUUUUUUAGAAAAGUUCGAGGGUAUUGAUAAAAUAAGUUGUAUGUAUAAUGAUUCAGAUAAAAAAUAUGAUUUAAAAUUUAUAAAAAAAAAUGAAAAAAAAUUAUAUAUAUUUUUACUUAGUAUAAAUCUCUUACUUGAACUAAUUUCAGUAUAUCCAACUGAAUCUAUAAUGAUAAUAAAUGAAAAUAAAUUAUUAGAAAUAAAAAAUAUUAAUGAAUUAUAUUUAUCAAAUUUAAUCAUAAAUAGUCAAAUAAAUGAAUUAGAAAAUAUUUCCAAAAAUUAUAUUAGCACAACAUAUUAUUAUGAUAAAUUUCACAAAACUCUUACUUUUAAAUUUAAGAUAACAGAGGAUGAUGAUUCUCAAAACUUCGAAGGUGUCACUGCCAAACUUUCUCUAAGCUUCAUGCCAAACUACCCCUUCUCCGUUUUAGUCAUAAAUGACAAGAUCGAGUCUCUCGACAAACGAGCCCCUAUACACAACUCCAUAAAGAGCAUGUACAAAUAUGCAAGGAUAGGAAACAUAAAUGAAAUAUUUAUAAAGUUUGACAGUCUUAUGAACUCUUAUUUCCAAAAUAAAUCACAUUGUAAUAUAUGUUUUAUGAUAUUAUAUGAUAAGAAAACAUGUGAUAAAGUAUGUUCAAAAUGCAACACUUCCUAUCACAGUCACUGCCUUUAUAAAUGGUUUUUAACAUCUCAUAACACAAAAUGCCCAUCAUGUCAAAUUCAAUUUAGCUAA